GCUGACGUCCCGAAGAAGCAACAAUCGAUCAGCCGAGUGACACAUUUUUCUGGGACUAUUGGUAUUUCGAACACACAGCGUCAAUAUUUAUUUACCUCCCCGCCCCCCUCCUACCGGCACAUCCCGCUCUGGAAUGUGAGCUUCAGGUCAAUCGCAUCGCGCCCGUCAACAAACACGGCCAACCUCCACCAUGGGUUCACUAUCUGCCCUCAUGGUCUGCCUUUUGUGCCUGCUCGGCCUCGGCGCGGCCGCCACCACCAGCCUGAAAAGCUGCAUUCUGUCUGCCGUCGACAACGACAGUACCCUUGCCGCCUUCCAGGGCGACCUCCUGUACCAGACGCUCGCCGUGAAGGUGUACAACCUCAACUACCCCAUCACCCCUGCCGCGGUGACCUUCCCAACCUCCAGCGCCCAGGUGUCGCAGGUUGUGCAAUGCGCCAGCCAGCUGGGCUACAAAGUGCAAGCCAAGAGCGGGGGACAUAGUUAUGCCAACUACGGAUUGGGCGGCACCAACGGCGCCAUCGUCGUCGACCUCCAAAACAUGAAAUCUUUUAGCUACGACGCGACCACGCAACGCGCCACCGUCGGCGCGGGGAUGCUCAACGGCGAGCUGGACACGUACCUGCAAGCGGCCAGCAACCGGGCGGUUGCGCACGGCACGUCGCCGCAGAUCGGCAUCGGCGGGCACGCGACCAUCGGUGGGCUGGGCCCGACCGCGCGACAGUGGGGGAUGGAGCUGGACCACGUGCUGGAGGCGGAGGUGGUGCUGGCCAACGGGAGCAUCGUGCGAACCUCGGACACGCUCAUGCCCGACUUGUUCUUUGCCAUCAAAGGCGCCGGGGCGAGUUUCGGCGUGGUGACGGAGUUCGUCCUGCGGACCGAGGCGGCCCCGACCGAGGCGGUGCAGUAUACCUACACGUUCAACCUGCUGGGGAGUGCGGCAGCGCGCGCGGAGCUGUUUAGCGAGUGGCAGCGGUUCAUCACGCAGGAGGAUCUGACGCGCAAGCUGGCGAGCAUUAUCACGGUGCUGUCCGGCUCGGUGGUGAUUUCGGGCACGUAUUUCGGGUCCCAGGCCGAGUACGAGGCGCUGGGGCUGGCGCAGCGGUUCCCGGGCGCCGACGGGAACUCCUCCGCGAUUGUGUUCACCGACUGGCUGGGGCUGGCGGCGCACUGGGCGGAGCAGAGUAUUCUGGACCUCACGGGCGAGAUCCCCGCCCACUUCUACUCCCGGUGUCUGGCGUUCCAGCAGGACACGCAGAUCUCGGAGACGGGCGUGCAGCAGCUGUUCGAGUACCUGGAUUCAGCCGACACGGGGGCGGUGAUCUGGUUCGUGAUUUUUGAUCUCGAGGGCGGCGCGAUCAAUGAUGUUGCGCAGGAUGCCACCGGUUUUGCCCACAGGGAUACUCUGUUUUGGAUGCAGUCGUAUGCGGUCACGCUGGGCCAGGUCUCGCAGACGACCUAUGACUUCUUGGAUGGUGUGAACGAGGUGAUUCGGAAUAAUACUCCCGGGCUGGGCGAUGGCGUGUAUCCGGGCUACGUGGAUCCCAGACUCGAAGAUCCGAGACGGUCGUAUUGGGGGAGUAAUCUAGAGAGGUUGGGGAGGAUCAAGACCGCGGUCGAUCCGGGGGAUGUGUUUCAUAAUCCGCAGGGAGUCUUGCCUGCUUAGCUUGAAGUUUCGUUGAGUGUGAUGAGGAUACACUCAACAGAAUAUUAUAAAGUACAAUAUUUGGCUGGUUGGGUAUGGGGACAAGGGGCAUCCCCCGAUGACCUCACAGAUUGUAUAUCGGUGGUGUAGUUCGUGCGGCAGACAUCAGAAAGGAGAAUAGGGUGUCCCCGUG